UGCCGCUCGCGGCGCGCGGGCGGUGGCGGCGGGCGGCGGCGGGCCGGAGGUCACUCGGCACGGGGGCGCAGCAUGGCCGCGGCGGUGGUGCGCAGGGGACCUGCGGGCUGGUGGCGCUGGCACCGGCGGGUGAUGGUGUGUUCUAGGACUAUGGCUUCCAAAACCCCAGUUGGAUUCGUUGGGCUGGGUAACAUGGGAAAUCCAAUGGCAAAAAACCUGGUAAAACAUGGAUAUCCAGUUAUUGUGUAUGAUGUCUUCCCAGAAGCUUGCAAAGAAUUUCAAGACUUGGGUGCUCAGGUAACAGAAUCUCCAGCAGACGUAGCAGAAAGAGCAGACAGAAUUAUUACCAUGCUGCCUUCUAGUCCCCAUGCAAAAGAAGUUUACACAGGAGCAAAUGGAAUUCUAAAGAAAGUGAAGAAAGGCUCAUUGCUAAUAGAUUCCAGCACUAUAGAUCCAGCAGUUUCAAAAGAAUUAGCCAAAGCUGCUGAAAAAACGGGAGCAGUUUUCAUGGAUGCCCCAGUUUCUGGAGGUGUUGGAGCUGCUCGAGCUGGAAACCUUACUUUCAUGGUUGGUGGAGUGGAACAAGAAUUUAAUGCUGCCAAAGAGUUGCUGACAUGCAUGGGUUCUAAUGUGGUUUACUGUGGAGAGGUUGGAACCGGACAGGCUGCAAAGAUCUGCAACAACAUGCUCUUGGCCAUCAGUAUGAUUGGAACUGCUGAGGCUAUGAAUCUUGGAAUCAGAUUAGGCCUUGACCCAAAGCUGCUGGCCAAAAUCCUAAAUAUGAGCUCAGGUCGCUGUUGGUCAAGCGAUACGUACAACCCUGUUCCUGGAGUGAUGGAAGGAGUACCCUCAGCUAACAAUUAUCAAGGUGGCUUUGGAACAACACUCAUGGCUAAGGAAAAGUGCUGUCCUGAGUCACUCUGUGGUCAGGAAAGCAAAGCUUUUAGAGGCCAAAGGAAAAUAGGCAAGGAGGUCAGAGGACACACAGUUGGAGGAAAGAGAUACAGAACUGUGACUGUUGAACUACUUCUGCACUGAGCACAAUGAUUGCCUAAGGUAAAUUAUAAAAUCAGCACUGGAAGAGAUGUCUCAUCUUAAGUGCAGGAAAUAAUUUCACACUGAAUAUCCAUUUCAUGGAGAUAGUGUCCUGAGGGAGGUAUUUGAGUUCAUACAGGAUAGGUUUUAUGCAUACCAGUUUAUUGAGUGCUCCCAACUGGUUAGGCAUUCUGUCCAUUUUCAGGUCUUUCAUGUGACUGGAAAUGUAGCACUUAAAACUAAAACAGCAUUCUCAAAGCUGGUGAAUUCAGAUAUUACCAUGUAAAUCUCCAAAAUGCUGGAGCUACUGUAUAUAAUACCUGCUUAUUGAUACUAUUCAUGUCAUUUUGCAGUUGAUUUAGGACAAUUGGUGCAUUUGCACACUCAAUUAAAUUUGCCAACUUCUCCUCAGAGCGGGUCCAGAGUGUUUUGCAUGUGGUAGCACCAAAAAACUUUGCUAGUGCUGCAUGGCUCACAACCCCUCAAUGGCUGCUGCAUUUUAUGUUUAUGGACCAAUGACCAGGAACUUUCAUUUCUUUGAGGAAUAAAUAUUAAAAUAUUGUGUUAAAAUAUUGAGAAAUAGCAGUUUUUGUAAAGUGUUCAUGUCAUUGAACAUCGGGGACAAUAAAGUGUUGUUUAAAUUACAGAUUUAGAAAAAGCAUUCGGUUAUUGCUUAGAGUUUGCCAGGCAAUUAGAAAUAAGCAACCUGAUCUUGGCCCUGCCUCAAACCUUGUUGCCAUGUUAUGUGUUGUUUUCAGAAUCUGUUCUGCCUGUUGUACCAUGUUCUAUGCUGCAAUCUCUGUUCUCGUGAUUGACAGCUCUCAAUCUUGUCCAGAAUAGCCUCAUUGUAUAAAUGCAAUAGGGGCACACAUUUUCUUUCCUCUCUUUUAAGUUUCUUUCUAAAGGAUUGGUUUUUUUCCUUUGGUCUUCAUCUCCCGUGGAAGAAUGCCCUGAAAGAUCUUUCUUUAAUUGAAGGAAUAGCAUCCUGGUUUGUGCCUGUUGAAACUGCCAGCUUUUGGUUAUAAAGCAUCAGUGAUAACCAAGAGAGAGCUCCUCAGAGAGAUUUGUAAUUGCUGUUCACUCUUCUGACUUGCCUCUCCUGACAGUCCUGAAGACUGCGUUCUUCAGGCUAGAAUCCUCAGUAAGAAGGAAAGGCAUUAAGUUCCUCUCAUGCCUCUUGAACUAUGCUCUGUUUUUCUGUAGAAGGAAGAUUUCUUGAAUAAGUAGCCAAGACAGCCAAUCAUGUUCAGGGUAUUCUGUGGUGCAGUGGUCACCCCUUCUAAGACACUGCCUUUUAGUUGGUGGAAAGACUUUUGCUGUUAUCCAUUUCAUCCUAAUGUGUGACAUACUGUGCAGUUUGUAAAUUGUUUGAGGUGGGGACUUUUUUAAGGGAAAUGCAGAGCACAGUUUUGCCACUUAAGAAAUAAAAAGGAAUGUAUUCAAAGGAGAAAGAGGUAGGUAAUAGCCUGAGGUAUAAUAUCUAGGAAAAUAUCUAGGAGUGCCUCAGUUGCAGUCACUAAACACAGUUACUAAACUUCAAGCUCCUGCUCACAUAUCAGUUGGUAGAAGUCAAAGGCUUUCUUAAAAAUAUUUUGUCAUCAAAAUCUCUCAAACAAAGCCAGAGGAUCUUUAUUUUAAGUGUUUGGGUCAAAAAAGUUUGCCAGACACUUCUGAGAAGCUCUUUGGUCUUGAAAUUUGUUACUGAAACAUACAAUUUAGUCAACUUACUGUGAAACUUGCUCUAAAAAUUUUGUAUUUAAAAAAGUCUAGUUUAGUUUACCACACCAGGUUUGUGUCCAAGGCAUUGGAAGGCCAGAAGUUCCAUCUUUCAUUGACAGCACAGUUGCUAAUUAAAUGUCAACUUUGGAUCCUGAGAAGAGCUAGAUUCAUAUCAUACUCCUCUUGAGUCAUGUCAAGACAGCCUUUGAGCCUUAUUCCAAAUGGCAGUUUCAUUUAUAUCAACUGCAAAAUAAAUGUAAGGAACCAGGUAAUUUUAAAGUGAAAGCAAAUUGUGAAAAAUAAUCUGUUUCCCUAUUCUAAGAUGAGGAAAAGUGUUAGCAUAUUCAGUGCACUGAGACAUCUGGAAGAUGUUGCCGGUUCCAAAAACUGUAAGAGAAGCCAUAAAAUAUGCUCCCAUUUUUACUUUUCCAAAUAAGUCAGCAAAGAGAAAUUUCUUUCCAAGCUCUUUUGUACUAUUUCACUUGAGGGAUCUCUAACCUCAAGUGAAAAGGUGCAAAAUACUUCAUAAUCUGAAGUUAAAGAUAACCUUUACUUACAUUUUCUUGUGUUUUUUUCCUUCAAAGCUCUAAUUUAUAGAAUGGAGCUUUAAAAAAAGCAAAACAACCUUCCUGCACUUAAGUCAGGAGUCCUUGUCCAUUUGACUAUUGUAGUGUUGUUGAAUGUUUCAGCCAUCUUGGAGGUACACUUUCUGUACUGAAGUGUAGAGAGCUACUUUAAUGCCUUGGUUUAGGAAUGCAAUUCCCCAGUUUAGUAUGCCACAAAAAAAACCCCUGUGAGCUGCUGCCCUCCCCUUCCAGUCAGAGACAUAAGACACAAAGAUCAUGGGUUGAGAUAAGAACAAUUUAUGGGAAUCAGCCAUGAUAUAAGAACACAAACAGUAACAGCAACAUACUACUAAUAAAAGAGAGGAUUAUUUAAAUGUAAAAUGUUUACCAAGCCCAGGACAAUGAAAAGCAGUGGUGGACAGACCCACCCACUGUGCUUUUCCUCAAUCAGAAAGGAGCAUCCUUUCUUCCAGGAAGCCAGAGAAAGUUCCUUUCCCCACCCCAGCAAUGACAUAGGAUGGUACCAAACAACACUGAGGUCUUGGCCAUGCUCAUGUGGUGCAAGGCUCCACCCACUCACAGCUACUGAAAAAAAUUAACCUUCUCCCUUGCCAAAACUAGGACAUUUAUGAAAUUAUAUAUUUGUGCAAACAGUCCAUUCAAAAUUUUCAGGAAUUGUUUCUGUGAAUGUCCUUUCAGAGAUAAAUAGAUCAAAGGCACCACUACCAAUAUGAAAUACUUUCACUAGUUUGGAAUUAGAUGACUUUGCCAUUCUAAUAUUCCAUUACAUGAGUUAAGCUUUCUUGAAUAAAAUGAAUAAUAUGGGUACAGAUUUCACAAAGAGGGCUCAUAUAUGUCAUUAAAUAUCUUACUGUAUGCAGGUUAAAGAAAGUGUUCCUAGAUUUGUCAGCUCAUCAGUCUUUCAACAGAGAAGAAAUUAUCUGCCCUGAUGUAGAUGAAAACUAUUUUGGAUUCUGUGACAUCUGAUAUGUAUGUUUUUCCUAUUUUCCCAGAGCUUGAAGUCAUUCCAGGGUAAUAGGAAAAGUAACUAUAAUUCUGAUUUGUAUCAGAAUGACCUUUAUAGAGCCGAUUUACAGAUCGAAGUGACAUUUAGAGAAUAGAGUAAGAUCUUGAAUUUCCUUGUGCUAAUUCAAAUCCAGACACACAGAAAGUAAAGACCUGUCUUGUAAGUCAUCCCUGAGAAGUCAAAGGUGCUCUCAGCAGUACUACAGUCUUUCAGUUCUUCUGUAUCAGGGAUGGGAGCCAUCUGUCAGAGUAAGGGAAGAGCGUCUUUGCUUACAGGCUUGCAGAGCUGUGGUGAAGAAGGCUUUAAGCUGAAGUUACUAGUGGAGGGGGAACCUGCAUUCAUUCCACUCCUACCACUUUGAUGCCAGUGACAGCAAUAACUGUCCAGAGCCUGGAGUUGGAUUGCAGGUGCAGCAGGAGAGCACCUGAAGAGCAGCACACAAGAAUUACAGCCAGUAAAUUGGCUUCAUCAGGGCCCAGUUUAAAUGACGCUAUGCAAAUGCUGUGUCUGCAUGCCUGCAGGGCUGUGAUCUUACUGGCAUCACAGAGACAUUGUGGUGACUUCUCUUACUGGGGUGUUGGAGGGGAAGGAUUCAGGCUCUAUGUCAGUGACCAGCUGGAGUGCAUCACUUGGAGGAGGAGCUGACUGAGAGUUUACAGGUCAGGAUUAAGAGGAGAGUAGGGACAGGUGACAUUAUAGUGGGGACCUUCUGCAGCCCAUCAGAUCUGAAGACUGAGCAGAUGAGACAAAUAUAGACAAAUAGGAUCUAUCUCACAUCCACAAGCCUCGGUCGUCAUGGGGGACUUCAACCACACUGGUAUCUGCUGGAGGGGCAGCACAGCAAAGCAUAAGCAAUCUAGGAAGUUCUUGGAAUGUGUUGGUAAGAACCUCCUUCUCCAAAGACAGAGGAGCCAACAAGGAGAGGUUGUUGUGUUGGACCUUGAUCACAUCAGUAAGGAGGGGCUGGUGGGAAAUGCGAAUCUCAAGAGCAGCCUUGGCUGCAGUGAUCAUGAAGCAGUGUAGUUUGAGGUCCUUAGGGCAGCAAGGAGGGUGCACAGCUGGCUCACUCCCCUGGACUUCAGGAGAGCCAGCUUCGGCCUCUGCAGGAAUCUGCUCAGCAAAGUAACAUGAUAAGGUGCCAGAGGGAAGAGGGGCACAAGAGAGCAGGUUAAUAUUCAGGGAUCACCUUCUCCAGGCUCAGGAGGAAUGAAUGAGGAAUGAACAAGGAGGAAAUCAGGCAAAACUGUCAGGAGGUCUGUGCUGAUGAACAAGGAGUUACUGGACAAAUUCAGUCACAAAAAGAAAGCCUACAGAGGUUGGAAACAAGCACAGAUAGGCUGGGAGGAAUACAGACAAAUUUUCCAAGCAGCCAGGAAUCAGGUUAGGAAAGCCUGAUAAAAUUAAACCUGACCAGAUACUUCAAGGGCAGCAAGAAAAGCUUCUAUAGAUACAGGACCUUAUACAGGGUUAGGACUUGGUUGCCCAGAAUUUGGAGAAGGCUGAGAUACUCAAAGACUUUAAUGGGUGUGAGAGGUGGGCCCUUGCAAAUCUCAUUAAUUUCAACAAGGCCAAGUGCAAGGUGUUGCACUUGGGUUGGAGCAAUCCCAAGCACAAAUGCAGGCUAGGCAAAGAGUGGACUGAGAGCAGCCCUGGGGAGAAAGACUUGGGGGGGUAUGGGUGGACCAGAAGCUCAGUGUGGCCUGGCAAUGUGUGCUUGUAGCCCAGAAAUCCAGUCACAUCCUGGGAUGCAUCAAAAACAGCAUGACCAUCAGGUCAAGGGAGGUGAUUCUGCUAUACUGAGACCCCACAUGGAGUUCUGUGUCCUGCUCUGGGGCCCCCAACAUAAGAAGGCCAUGGACCUGCUGGAGUGAGUGCAGAGGAGAGUGGUGAAGAUUGUCAGAGGGCUGGGUCAUCUCUCCUGUGAAGAAAGGCUGAGAGAGUUGAGGUUGUUCAUCCUGGAGAAGAUAAGGCUCUGGGAAGACCUUAUAGCACCUUCCAAGACUUACAGGAAGCCUACAAGAGACGUGGAGUAUGACUUGUGGAAAUAUAGUGACAGGAUAAGGGCUAAUAGCUUCAAACUGAAAAAGAGGAGAUUUAGAUUAGAUAUUAGGAAGAAAUUCUAUACUGUGAGGAUGGUGAGUCACUGGUGCAGGUUGCCCAGAGAAGUUGUCUAUGUCACAUCCCUGGAAGUGUUCAAGGUCAGGUUGGAUGGAGCUUGGAGCAGCCUGGUCAAGUGGAAGAUGUCCCUUCCCAUGGUCGGGGGCUUGGAAUUAGAUGAUCUUUAAGACUCCUUUCAACCCAAACCACUGAAAAACAGGAAAAAAUCAACCACACAGCAGAUUCUAUAAACCACCAUAGUUCUGAAUGGAUAGGAAAUACAGGCAUUUCCUAGUAAUGUUUGAGAGGUUCUUUUGCAGCUUUGGUGAAAUAUAGAUCCCAAACAUUGAUUUCAUUAACAAGAACUUAAAGACAGCCUUCAGUGCAGGCAUUACUUCCUACGAAAUCAAGAGAUCUUUUUGUAUAUAUCCAGGCCCUUGUUAGUGCUUCUUUCUUUGGGUUGUUUCGUGUCUGAUUCAGCUUGGAGUUCAAGCUGACUACUUCUAGUUAGCUAUGAUUAGUCAUAGUACCUGGUACUCACCUUUGGGAUCUGCCGUAUUGAUUUCAGAUUAUAACGGUAGUUGACCAAGGAGGACACAUUUCACAUUUGUCCUCUUUGAACCUUCCCUCCCUUUUGUUGACCCAAAUACAGUAUUUAAAAACACAGUGGAACUAUUCUCUAUGUGCCUCUAUUAAAGAAAAAGUCACUCAAGAAGAAUUUUGAGUUGUAGCAGACGAGGGACUGCCCCCUAAACAAUUCUCUAAUACAUCCUUCCAAUUAGGCAGCAAACCAGUUAUAUUCACUAAGUGACCUAUGAGUGUCAUUUGAUAUUAACUGUUUAUAGCAAAUGUGUGUUUGCUAAGUGGCUUCCAUUUUCUUGGUCUUGAAAUUUUUUCUGCCUGAUUUUUAACCUGUUUAUAAUAAUAAAAAUUCUUCUUGCCAAAAGAACUAAAUUAUACUCUUAGAAUGUAUGUGAAAUGCUUCAGUGAAUAGCCAAGGAGAUUUUCUUACUAGAGAUGACAUACUCAAUGGGGAAAAAGAGUCUGAGUCUUGCUACCAGGUAAUAUAGUGAUCGAGAAUCUGAAAAUUCCUCCUGUUCUUAAGGUGGUGCUUGCGUGGCAAAGUUUGAGGUUUUUCUGUUGAAUAACAUUGAAUUACUGUUUAAAAAAUAAAAACUACACAAAAUCUGCUUCUUCCAGCUCUGAAAUUUUAAGGCUGGAGUAUUGUACUUGUUGGCAGUAGAGUUCUUGUUACAGUGGAAGCCAAAUAACCUAUGAUAUGUAUAUGGCUGUUUAUGUCCUUGUUGUUUCUCCCCUGACUUUUUCUCUUUUUCUUUCCUUCCAUUCUUCCUCUCUGCCCUCUUCCUCCUUCUUCUUGCCCC